UCGAUACUCACUACUCACAUCACCUUUCGCCUUUCGGCGUCUUCUUUUUUCUUUUCAUUUUUUUUUUAAGAAAAUAUAAUCAAAAAAGAGAUAAAAAAAAAGGGGUUACCCGUUAACGAGCUGAUUUCAUCUGGCACCAGAUCUAUUCACAAUUUUCACAUCGGAUAAGAGACGAGAGCGGCAUGGAGGAGAAGCUAAUAGAGAGGUUGGAAUCGGCGGUGGCUAAGUUGGAGGCGCUAUCCACUGGAUUCCAUGUAGGCGGUGGUGACGUGGCUGAAGAAGCGGUGGAUCCGUCCAUUGUUGCCUUCGGCGAUCUGAUGGAGCAGUAUCUGACUAGGGUUUCCACUGCUGCUGAGAAGAUUGGAGGACAGGUCUUGGAUGUCACAAAGAUUGUGCAAGAAGCUUUUGCCGUUCAGAAACAGCUUUUGAUUAAGGUCAAGCAAACUCAGAAGCCUGACCAAGCUGGCUUGUCCGAGUUUCUGAAACCAUUGAAUGAAGUGAUCAUGAAGGCUGCUGCAAUGACAGAAGGAAGGAGAUGUAAUUUUUUUAACCACUUGAAGUCUGCUGUUGACAGUCUCUCAGCUCUAGCAUGGAUUGCAUUUACAGGGAAGGAUUGUGGUAUGAGUAUGCCCAUUGCACAUGUGGAGGAAAGUUGGCAAAUGGCUGAGUUUUACAGCAACAAGGUGCUUAUAGAGUAUAGAAACAAAGACCCAAAUCAUAUUGAGUGGGCCAAAGCUCUGAAAGAGUUAUAUGUACCUGGUUUGAGAGAUUACGUCAAGGGCUUUUAUCCUUUAGGCCCUGUGUGGAGUCCAACAGGAAAAACAGUUGCUCCUUCAAAAGCUUCUGCAGCUGCUAUGCCUGCUCCUCCUCUUCCUCCACCUGCUUCUCUCUUUAGUUCUGAAUCGUCUCAAGGUUCUUCCUCUAAGCAGAAAGAGGGGAUUUCUGCUAUUUUUCAACAACUCAGCAGUGGGAAUGUCACAGCAGGUUUGAGAAGGGUUACAGAUGAUAUGAAGACAAAAAAUCGCACAGAUAGAACUGGAGUUGUUGGCACCAGUGAAAAAGAAAGUCGUGCAGGUUCACAUACAUUUUCUAAAGCAGGACCUCCAAAAUUAGAACUUCAAAUGGGCCGCAAGUGGGUUGUUGAGAAUCAAAUUGGGAAAAAGAACUUGGUCAUUGAAGAUUGUGAUGCAAAGCAGUCUGUAUAUGUUUAUGGAUGCAAAGAUUCGGUUUUGCAGAUUCAAGGCAAGGUCAAUAAUAUAACCAUUGACAAAUGCACAAAGAUGGGAGUUGUAUUCAAGGAUGUUGUUGCAGCUUGUGAGAUCGUAAACUGUAAUGGGGUUGAGGUGCAGUGUCAGGGUUCAGCUCCAACUAUUUCGGUGGACAACACUUCUGGCUGCCAGCUUUAUCUGAGCAAAGAUUCUUUAGAAACAUCCAUAUCAACAGCUAAGUCAAGUGAGAUCAAUGUGUUGGUACCUGGUGCUGAGCCUGAUGAUGAUUGGGUGGAGCAUUCUUUGCCACAACAAUAUAUUCAUGUGUUCAAGGAUGGACGUUUUGAAACAACUGCAGCUUCCCACUCUGGAGGUUAAAUUGAUUGGCAGUUUGGAAUUCCUAUUUAUUUUUACAGUAUUUUAUUAUUGGAUUGCUGUGGGAGUGGCUUCAAUUUCUUGUUUCUUUAAUUCAUUUACAAAUACAGUAGUAUAUAUAGGUGUAUCAUAUAUAUACUUGCUCGGCUGCCUUUGCUUGUGAUUUUUCCAUUGGCUUAUUGAAUCAUUGGAAACAUCCAUAAGAUUUUUGUUUGGCAGAGUUUGCUUCUGCGGGAACAUGCUUUUGCGAGUUGCAUUACGCUACUUUAUUUC